AUGUCGAGAAAAGUAAGUGAUGAUGCGGUGGUGGAGGUAGAAGACUCCUCCUCCUCCUCUUCUGAUGGAAGGCGAAGCUCACAAGACGAAGAAGUAGUCAAUAAAGAACUGCAAGAGAAGAAGCUCUCAUGGGAGCACCUCCGCCGACAUGACUCCUUGUACGCCGAAUCCGGUAAAUUUCGUGGCCGUGACGCCCACCACCAUUCCAAGGUGAUGGAUAGGGCAAUGAUAUUGCAGCUAGCGUUCCAGAGCAUAGGAAUAGUAUACGGUGACAUAGGAACGUCACCGUUGUAUGUAUACUCCAGCACCUUCACCGAUGGAAUCAAGAACAACGAUGACAUACUUGGGGUUCUCUCCAUCAUCUUCUACACCCUCACCCUUCUCCCUCUCAUCAAAUACGUCUUCAUCGUUCUCCAAGCCAACGAUAAUGGAGAUGGAGGAACGUUCGCGCUAUAUUCGUUGAUAUGUAGAUAUGCGAAGGUGGGGUUGAUUCCAAGUCAACAAGCAGAGGACAAAGAAGUGUCAAACUUCCGUUUGGAAUUACCCAACAACAGCCUCCGACGAGCGUCGACGGUGAAGGCCAAGCUUGAGAAGAGCAAAUCCGCCAAGUAUUUCCUCCUCUUCGCUACCAUGCUUGGUACCUCUAUGGUCAUCGGUGACGGAAUUCUCACCCCCUCUAUCUCAGUCUUAUCAGCAGUGGGAGGGAUCACGGAAGCUACGGAUAAAGUGACUCAAGGUGCAAUUGUUGGGAUGUCAGUGGGGAUAUUGAUAUGUCUGUUCCUAUGUCAAAGAUUUGGAACUGACAAAGUUGGGUAUAGCUUUGCUCCAAUUAUUUGUAUAUGGUUUGCCUUCAUAGGCAGCAUUGGUCUCUACAACUUCAUCAAGUAUGAUCCCUCUGUGAUAAAGGCCCUUAACCCAAAAUACAUCAUAAAUUACUUUCAGAGAAACAAGAAGCAAGCAUGGAUUUCACUUGGCGGUAUCGUUCUUGCUACAACAGGAACUGAAGCAUUAUUUGCCGAUGUUGGACACUUCUCAGUUAGAUCAAUACAGAUAAGCAUGUGCUCUGUAACAUUUCCUUCUCUUAUCUUGGCAUACACUGGCCAAGCAUCUUACCUCCGUAAACAUAAUGCGGAAGUAUCUAAUGCAUUUUAUAAAUCAGUUCCAGGUAGUUUGUUUUGGCCCAUGCUUGUGAUAGCUAUUUUAGCAUCAAUUAUAGCCAGUCAAGCUAUGAUCUCUGGUACCUUCUCCAUCAUCCAACAAUCUCUUUCACUUGGAUGCUUCCCUCGUGUAAAGAUAGUUCACACAUCAGCAAAGUAUGAAGGACAGGUUUACAUUCCUGAGAUCAAUUACCUGCUAAUGGUGGCUUCUGUAGCAGUUACUCUUGGUUUCAGAACAACUAAUAAGAUUGGAAAUGCCUAUGGGAUUGCUGUGGUGUUUGUGAUGACUCUCACAUCUGCCUUUUUAGUACUGAUCAUGAUAAUGAUAUGGAAAACCAACAUACUUCUUGUAAUUGUUUAUGUUCUUGUCAUAGGAUCAGUUGAGCUUCUUUAUCUAAGUUCAGUCCUCUACAAAUUUGAUCAAGGUGGGUAUCUCCCCUUGGCAUUCGCUGUGAUCCUAAUGACCGUAAUGUUCGUGUGGAACUAUGUACACCGCAAGAAGUACUACUAUGAGUUAGACCACAAGGUUUCCCCUCAGAAGCUUAAAGAGAUAGCUUCAAACCCCAAAUUAAACCGAGUCCCUGGACUCGCAAUCUUCUACUCUGAGCUAGUACAGGGGAUCCCACCCAUCUUCAAUCACUACAUAGCAAAUGUACCAGCAUUGCACUCAGUACUUGUCUUUGUUUCUAUCAAAUCACUACCAAUGAGCAAGGUUCCGGUGGAAGAACGGUUUCUUUUCAGGCGAGUUGAGCCACGUGAACUUAAUGUCUUCCGAUGCGUUGUUAGGUAUGGAUAUACUGAUAUACGCAAUGAGAAUGAACCCUUUGAAAGAAUAUUGGUGGACAGAUUGAAGGAGUAUAUAAGGGAGGUGUUGUGGAUGUCAGGGGUUAACAAUAAAGGUAGUGCAACUAAAGGAAGCAUUGAGACUACUAAUAGUGGGAGUGUGGAUGAGGGGGGAAGGAGUAAUGCUGAUGAAGAUAACAAAGGUGAAGUUUUGGAGUUUGAACUAAAAGAGGUGGACAGGGGAUGGCAAGCAGGCAUUGUUCACUUAAUGGGUGAAAGCGAGGUGAUGGCUGGAAAAGAUUCUAGUUUUGGAAAGAAGGUAUUGAUAAACUAUGCUUAUAACAUCUUGAGGAGGAAUUUGAGACAAAGUUACAAGGUGUUUGAUAUCCCUCCAACGCGUCUCCUGAAAGUAGGAAUGACAUAUGAGCUUUAGAUCAGCAGGGAAUGAAGGAGGACUAUAAAAAGAGAGGAAGCACAGGUAACUGAAAAAUCUCUCUUCUUUUUUUUUUUUUGUUCUUUAACACUUGACGACCUUGAUGAAAAUGAAAAAGAGAAGAAAACAAGUUACUAGAGAAGCAGAGUUGAAUAUUAUGAUCACCAAAACAGAGCUUAUAUAUAU